CGCUGUUCACCCCCCCACCACCAUGUAGCCCAGCCUCAGUCUGAACCAGCAGCUCACCGGGCUGACACCCUGCGUCCCCUCGGUCUGUGGGAGCUCAGCCGCACCGGCCCCCUCUUCUCCCUGUGAUCCCUCCACUGAGAUCGUGGAAUGUUGCUGGACGAGACUCCGCUCUUUGAGCCCUCUCUGCUUCAGGAGCUCGACUGGAGCAGCAGCACAGUGUCCUUCUCUCCACCCAUCUCUCCGGCCAGCCCCGGAGAAGGCCUGGUGCUAAGGCCACUCUGUAUGGCCGACUUCAAUAGAGGAUUCUUCAAGGUUCUAUCUCAACUCACGCAGACGGGCGAUGUGACACCCGAGCAAUUCACAAAAAAGUUUGAGCACAUGAAGAAGACGGGAGACUACUUUGUUAUUGUGGUGGAGGACACAAAUCUGGGACAGAUUGUUGCUACGGCCACAUUGAUCACAGAACACAAAUUCAUCCACUCCUGUGCUAAGAGAGGCCGGGUGGAGGAGGUAGUCGUUAGUGACGGUUGCAGAGGGAAGCAGCUGGGCAAACUGUUAGUUUCAACUCUGACUCUUCUCAGCAAGAAACUGAAUUGCUAUAAAAUCACAUUGGAAUGUGCACCCAAAAAUGUGGCUUUUUACCAAAAGUUUAGCUAUGGCGCUUCAGAGGACACCUACAUGCAGUGUCGAUUCUUUGACUGAGGACAGCAGCCGCUUUAAGAACGGGAGAAAUGGACCAUAUCUUUAUAAAUGCAGGGAUAUAAGUUCUACGUUUUUGCAAUUGUUUUACAUCAAGCUGGAUUCUAGAGAAGGGGGUCUUGUCUGCAGGCCUUGUCUUUGCGUGCAUUUCGUGUCCUGACAGUGGAGCUGACCUGAGAGCAGAGCCUGCGCCAGAAGUGAACCCAGAGAGAAGCCCUGCAGGCAGACAUGCAGAGGGGCCCUGGAUAAGAUCAGUACAGAUCUGAGGGAGAAAUUGAGGAUGGGGGUGUGACACAAUGAGCUAGCCCAGCAGCUGUAUGAAACUAUUAGAUGUAGAAUUUGAAGGGUAAACAAACAGUUAAUGAGCAAAACACAAAUAUUCAUGUAGGUUAAGAGCAUAUCAUAUACUGUCUGCUUUUUUUUUUUUUUUUUUUUAAUUACACAGAACACAGGGCAGUGCACUGUGGGGGAAGCGGUCACCUUUAUUUUUUUGUUGUUGCUUCAAGCCCUGUACACAAACUGA